CCAAACCCAAUCCCAAUCUCAAUCCAACCUCGCGAGUCGCGACCGCUUUUCCUCGUCGCCCUAAUCGCUGGAGGCCGGCCUCGUUGAGUUGCUUAAUUCGUCUUCCUUCCUGCUGAAGAUCCGUACUCUAGGGAGGAAGGAAAGAAGGAAGAAAAGGCGUGAGUUGUGUCGAUUUUGUGAGUUGUCACAGUUUGGUGGGAGCUUGGAGACAGGAGAUUAUAAGGAGGGUUGAAGAUGAGCAGCCGAAGCCCGCCGCGGAGGGACCGAAGGAUGCGUACUGAACGCACCUCAUACCGUGACGCACCGUACCGGAGAGACAGGGACAACCGCCGUGGUCCAAGCAGGUCUGCUAGUGAUUUGUGCAACAACUGUAAGCGUCCAGGGCAUUUUGCUAGGGAUUGUCCAAAUGUGGCCGUCUGCCAUACCUGUGGGCUUCCUGGGCAUAUUGCAGCCGAGUGUUCCUCCAAAGAUCUCUGCUGGAACUGCAAAGAGCCUGGGCACAUGGCUAACAGCUGCACAAAUGAAGGGAUAUGCCGCAACUGUGGCAAAUCAGGCCACAUUGCAAAAGACUGCACUUCUCCGCCAAUGCUGCCUGGAGAAGUGAAGCUCUGCAACAACUGCUACAAACCAGGACACAUUGCAGUGGAGUGCACCAACGAGAAGGCCUGCAACAACUGUAGGAAGAGCGGCCAUCUUGCCCGUAACUGCACCAAUGAGCCUGUUUGCAACCUGUGUCAUGUUGCAGGGCAUUUGGCCCGUGAGUGCCCCAAAUCUGAUGAGAUCAUUGAGAGGGGUGGGCCUCCUUCCUUCCGUGGUGGUGAUGGUAUGUUUCGUGGUGGCGAUGCUCCCUUCCGUGCUGCUGGUGCUCCCUUCCGUGGCGGCUACAGUGAUGUGGUUUGCCGGGCCUGCAACCAGGUUGGCCAUAUGAGCCGUGACUGUAUGGGUGGUGCCUUCAUGAUCUGCCACAACUGUGGUGGCCGUGGCCACAUGGCUUACGAGUGCCCAUCUGAGAGGCUCCUGGACCGAUUCCCCAUGCGCCGUUACUGAAGGGCUGUUUCAGAUGACUAUUACUCGCCUGUGUGUUAUGCUUCAUCAUUUUUCGUGUGCUUCAUGUUUCUCAAUGCCAACGAAUUUUAAGUAUUCCAGUUUUUGUACCUUGUUAGUUUCAUCGUUAACAAAUGACUUCCAGGUUCUCUUUCAGAUAAAAUUGUACAUUGGGAUCUCUCUGCCAUAUGAAUAAUUAUUUUCUGGGUUAGUGGAUACCAAGUGUUAAGCUGUAAUUGUGAUUCCAGCUAUUCAACUGUUCUAUUAUGUUGGGAAAUAAAUCAGACAAGUGUUCAAAUUAUA